CUGCUCUCUGCUCACUUUAUUCUGGAUGAGACUCUUUGAUUUUACUCUUUUCUUCUUCUUUUCUGCUGCGGAGCCUCUUUAACCGGUCUGAGAUGUUCUGGUUCAUGCAGGGACUCUGCUUCCUGCCAGUGUUUCUAGUCAUCUGGUCCUCCAGCACCUUCAUUAUUUCCUACAUUAUUGCGCUCUUCAGACAUGAUGUCGACGUCAUCUUUCCAUACAUUAGUGAUACGGGCGACAAGCCUCCAGAGAGCUGCAUCUUCGGCCUGAUGACCUUCGUGUCAGCGUGUGCAGGAAUAGCCACCAUCUAUGCGCGGUAUAAGUUUGUGGAGAAGCUGAACGCGGACUCCCGCAUGGUGAACGCUCGGCUCAAUAAAGCUGCUCUGGUCUUCGGGCUGCUCUCCUGUUUGGGAAUGUGUGUUGUUGCAACGUUCCAGGAAACGGUGGUGACAACAGUUCAUGAUAUUGGAGCCAUCCUGUUCUUUGUCUCUGGGGUCCUCUACACCAUCCUCCAGUCCGUUAUUUCAUUCCAGGCGUAUCCGUUCGGCUCCUCCAUCAGCGUCUGUCGAGCUCGUGCUCUCAUCGCUCUCCUCGCCACGUUGGCGUUUUUCCCCACUUUCAUCUGUGGAUUCUUUGUGAAACGAGACAGUCUGCACAGAGACGAAGCAGACCAGAACUACCCGCUGCAUGUGGCGAGCGCUGUGUGUGAGUGGACCGCUGCCUUCAGCUUCAUCUGCUUCUUCCUCACCUACAUCGAAGACUUCAAGCUCUUUACUCUACAGGUGAGAACAGAAUUCCAGGAGUGAUGCACCUGCAGCUGCCAGUCAAACUUUGUAUGAUAUCAGUAUUUUUAAAAAUGCACCACGUUUGUUUUUGUAAAGCUUUUAAUGCACAUUUAUUUUGUAUAUUUGCAUUUUACACUGCACUUCUGUUUUAUAUCAAAUGACUGUAGUAGGUACCUUGUUAUUUAUACACACAAACAGCUGGCUGAAGUUAUAGAAAAAGAAUAGAAGAUCCCAGUCUGAAUCUUUAUACUUUUAUACGAUCUCAAAUCAUUUUUUUUAUAAGUGUACUUUUUGGUGCCUGUGUUCAAACUUUGCACUUUGCUCUCAAGUGUUGCGACACCAGCAUGACAUCCUGUCAGACCUGUGACCAGUAAUAAGAGAAGUUAAUCACACACUGGACACAUGAUAGCUGCAUGUGGUCUAAUGAGAAAACCACUCAAACUAAUGCAGAGUUGAUCUGUGGGAACAAGUGGUACGGAUGUUAAACGUGACUGUAUGUGACCAGAAACCUGUCUGAAUAUUACUUCAACUGGAGUUAUUAUUCUAAUGCUGCCUGUAUCUUAUUGUGGUAGUCUGGUUCUACUUCCUGUGUGCUGUUUAUGUGUUAACUGGUCUCAGCUGAUCCUGCUGCAUGGUUCAGUCUGCAGCUCUGAAUGGGAUCCUGCAGCCUGAAGGCAGCUAAUCAGUGAGGGAAAAGCUCCUGAAUGAAGCAGCUUGCUCAGUACAGCUGCCAAAUUCAAUCGCUGUAAUAAAAUAAAGAGGAAUUGAUGCUAAUUGGACUAAAAGAGAAACAUUCACUGUUUUCAGGUAGAUAAAUUAAGCAGAUUUCUCUGCUUUAAGCCAGUGGAAAUGAUCUUUUAGCCAGUUUUUCUUCUAAAAUUGCUUAAUUUGUAGGAUUUUCAUGAACAAGAGGCAAAAGUUUCCAGCAUCUCACACUUAAAGUUUAAUAAACCAAAAAAAGAAAGUUAUUUCGGGUAAAAUAUAUAUUCUUUUAAUUUUUCAUUUCAAGUUUUGUAUUUUUAAACACACAAUAUAAUAUUUUAGCUGCUCUCAAUCAUAACAAUAACCAAUAAUAGUUUUUAAGCAGCCAUAAUCAUCGUUUACUUGCCAACUAACCAUCAGAUGAGCUGCUGGAGUAUUUCACAUCAUGUGAAUUCAAUCAUCAGGUAGCCCAGUGUUCGUAUCUGUGGUCAAAACAAUCCUCCUAAAAAUAACUUUUUACACGUUUUUGUAAUGUUAAAAUGUUACUGUACUCAUUAACUUGGUGGCUGCAAGAGAACAUCUCAGAAAGAUGGAUUGAUACUGAAAUAUAUUCAUAAAUUACUGUGUUGCAAAAUGUGAUGUUUUAUUACAGAAUUAUCAUGGCAACUUUGUGACAUUGUAUGAUCUAUAAGUUAGAGCAACUAGUGGCAUUAAAAGUUACACAAAGUGAUUGACAGGCGACUAAAUGAAACCUUGAAUUUUUUUUCUUUUUCGAUUUCUCUGGCUUAAAUAAUGCUGGAAACAUUUGGCAUAAAGUAAGUAAACAACUCAAGAACAUAUAUAACAUUAGUGUCGUACUUUUCAGGCAUUUUAUUGCAAAAAACAGCUACAUAUUAAACCUUUAAAUUUAUAAAUGUCUUCUAAACUUCUGACCACUUAGAUUGUUAAAAGAUUAUCAAACCCAGAUCGAUAAUUAAAUAUAUCAAUAAAUUAAGUCUAUACUGGAUUAUUUCUUUGCAAAAUGGCAUGCAUUAAAUUAAAAAUGUUGAUUAUGAGGAAAUGUAGUAUUACUGUAACAGAAUUGUAUAAUUUACAAUGACUUCUAAGCAAAUAAAUCAACAGAAUCUGUAAUAAAGGUCGAGUCCUUUUAAGCUAUUUCAUCACAGAAAAGUUACAUAUUAUACCUUUAAAUUUCUACAUUUCUUUAAACCCCUGACCCCUUAGAGUUUAUAGAUUAUUAAACCGAGGCUGGGAAACACUGCCAAUAACAAAGAAAUCAUUCUUUUUUUGGUUUUAAGAAAAAAAGGAAAUGUGUGAUUAUUUUUAAAUUGAUAAAUAAAAAGGACUUUACACCUGUGAACACAAUAAUUUGUAAAGCGUCUUUGUGUAUUUUGAAAAGCGCUAUAUAAAACUGAUGCAUUAUUAUUAUUAUUAUUAUUAUAACCACUCCAACCUGCUGCCGGCUGCCUGAGAUGUUUAAUAAACUGUAUUUCUCUCUCAUGCUGAGAAACUUGUGACAUCUUUAUGCUGUGAAUCUUUCUGUUGGUUGUUGCUGUCGGACAAAUUAAAGGUUAAACUAUCACAUCUAGUAUCAGCUGAUUUAAAUGUCAUUUUGGAGUAUUCCUUACAGAUCUGGUCUGUAAGUGCUGAUCAGUAGAAGAUACUGUAUCCAGAGAGGAUCUCUGUAAUAAUCACAUGAUCACAUGAACAUUAACUCUUCCACUACACAUCCUGUAUUCAUAAGGGAACGUUUCAUCCAUUCACUCUGUUUUUGUACCGUUCUGCUUAUGAAAUAAUGUUCUGCACAGAUUCUGGAGCUGCUGAGCUGAGAAAUAAAGAAACUCUCUUUUUUUAAAGCA